AUGUCAACUUCCGUGGACGCCGAGGGCGAGCACGUUGCAUCCGAUGGCCACGCGUUGCCGCAAGCCCCGCGUAAGUCGCGGAAAGCGGGGAUCGGUGCCCUCCUGGCCUUGGUGCUGCUGGUGAAUCUGGCCGCGAGUCUCUAUCAGCUGCCCCUGAACAGAGUCGUCGAGCGUCGACUUUGCCGCGAGCACUACCUGGCUGCGGAUCCCUCGGUGGUCGAUCGGGAUGGCAGUGUGGACGAAACUCUGUGCAAGAUCGACAGCGUCCAGCAACGGCUGGCAUGGAUUCAAGGAACCAUGGAAACGGCAUGGAUCGUGGGAGACUUUGUCAUGACCAUCCCGCUAGGCUUUCUUGCUGAGCGGUACGGCCGGCGCACUAUUCUGUCCCUCAACCUCGUACCUCGGAUCUUCAUGUUGACCUGGGCUGUUCUCGUCGGUUAUUUUGAGCAGGCGCUCCCGACUAAGGCCAUUGUUGCCUCUCCGUUUCUCUCCGUGUUGGGGGGCGAUUGUGUGUUCAACUCAAUUACGUACGCAAUCGCGUCUGGCAUGACCGAUGAUCAUGUUGAGAGGGCGACAUAUUUCGGCUGGAUGAGUUCCGUCUCCUAUGUUGUAGCGCUUCUUGGCCCCGCUCUUGCGUCGGCCACCAUGAGCCUGCUACUAUGGCUGCCCUUCUGGAUUGGGAUAUGCCUCCUCCUCUCAGCGAUUCCGGCCAUCUCUCUUGUCGAAGAUUCGUCUGCCGCCCCUUCUUCUUCAUCUCGGGCACGUCAUGGAGAUGAGCAGUCGCGUCCACUUCUCUCUUCCCCAGUCUUAAAAGCCCAAGACGCCAAUCCCUCACUAGUGAGAUCUGUCAUCCAACGUUUUGGCGUCUUGCGCUCCAUCAUUGCGAGCCAUCCGCGCAAUAUGACGCUUCUGCUCAUCAGUUACGUCUUGACCUCUCUUGCAAGCUCAGAUACGAAGCUUCUGGUUCAGUACAUUUCAAAGCGGUACCACUGGACAUUCGCCUCUACUGGCUAUCUGCUUUCGGCAAAGGCCGUAGUAAACUUCACCCUUCUGACUAUCAUCAUUCCAGCACUGCUUCGCUCGCGUCGGAACGCCUCCCGGCACCUUUCCCCCGAGCUGGCGAGUCACCGGAUGAACAUGUACUAUGCCAACGUCUGCCUCGUCGUGUCUGUUCUCGGCGCACUGGCGAUUUCCGUGGCUACAAGCACUUGGAUGCUUGUCCCGUCUCUAUUUCUGUAUGCCCUGGGCUCCGCGUUGCCGGUCUUCACUCUUUCGUUGUUGAAGUCGCCGUUCAUUGCCCCUAAGCGGAACGAGCAGCAGCUGGACACUGCUGACCCGGACUCUCACAUCUUUUCCAUCGUAAUGAUGGUCAAGACAUCUGGAUCAUUGCUCGGAGCGCCGCUUAUGAUGGUUCUUUGGGUAAAGGCGAUUGCUUUGGGUGGUGCGGCAUUGGGAAUACCCUAUUUCGUAUCCGCGAGUUGUUACUUGGCUGCGAUAUUUGUACUGGCAAACAUACGAACAUGGUAG